AUGAGUAAAUUUGUUCGCCAAACGGCCUUCGAUGUGGAAUAUGCGCCAGCAAGAAUCUGUAAAUGGCGCUCGUCUAGAACAGGGCUACAGCUCACAUAUAUAAACCAGCCGUCGCCCAUCGUCAAUGGCUACUUCGCUGUGGCAACAGAGAUCGAAAAUGAUUCAGGCUCCCCACACACGUUAGAGCAUUUGGUUUUCAUGGGAUCCAAAGACUACCCUUACAAGGGCUUUUUGGAUAGUUUGGGCAAUCGCUUUUUUUCUUCUACGAAUGCUUGGACAAGCGUGGAUCAGACCGUGUAUACCUUAACUACUGCUGGAUGGGAAGGCUUUAAGACCCUUUUGCCCGUCUAUUUAGAUCAUUUGUUCCAUCCAACUAUUACUGACGAGGCCUGCUUGACCGAAGUGUAUCAUAUCGAUGGAAAAGGUAAGGAAAAGGGUGUCGUCUUCUCCGAAAUGCAGGGUAUCGAAUCUCAAGCUUGGUUCAUCACGUACAUGAGCUUGAUGAAAACUUUAUAUGGCGAGAAGUCUGGAUACUCCUCCGAGACGGGCGGACUCAUGUCCGAAUUGCGUAAAUUGACAAACGUACAGAUUAGAGACUUCCACAAGUCAAUGUACCGUCCAGACAACCUCUGUGUUGUCGUUACUGGUUCUGUUGAAGAAGAAGAGCUUCUUGAAAUCAUGUCUCAGUUUGACGACAGGCUCGAAAGCUUGCCGGCGAUUCCCAACAAACGUCCAUUUCUCGAUUCGCCACACGACUUGCCACUCAAAGAGACUAUUGUCAAGACUGUUGAGUUCCCAGACGAAGAUGAGAGUAUGGGUGAGGUCAUCAUUGGUUGGAUUGGUCCUGAAGGUGACAAGGUCCUUGAGAACCUUGCUGUGGACAUGGUAGGAACCUAUUUGAGUGACUCUCCCAUCUCGCUCCUUAACAAGAACUUAGUAGAGAUCGAAAAUUCUUUGGCCACGGAUAUUGGCUAUGGUACCGAUGACUUUGUUCGCACGGGUCUCAACUUGACCAUCAGUGGCGUACCCACUCCUAACUUGCACGAGGUUGACACCAAAAUUAAACAACUUCUUAAAGAUCAGACGGACACCAAGAACUUCGAUUUGAAGUACAUGCAACAAAUUGUCUCGCAGCAAACUCUCAAAUUCAUUGCCAACACUGAGAAGGAUCCUUCGACUUUCUCGAAUGUCGCAAUUCUGGAAUUCAUCUAUGGAAAGCCGGACGGCUCUGACUUGGCAAACUGGACCAAGGACCUCAAAGAAUUUGAGGCUUUGAAACAUUGGUCUUCAGAACAAUGGUGUAGCCUCAUUCUGGAGUAUUUCGUUGACAAUCACUCGGCCACAAUCCUUGGUAAGCCCUCUGUUCUGUUGAACAAAUCCGUUAAGCGUGAAAGUAAAGACCGCUCAAAGAAAAUCAAAACAGAUCUAGGACAAGAUGGACUUGAAGAGAAGAAAAAACUCCUCUCUGAUGCACAAUCAAAAAACGAUGCUGCAAUUCCGGAUGAAGUCAUUACCAAAUUUGGCAAACCCGACCCUUCGAAGAUCCAAUUCAUUCACACAGAUUCCUACAGAGGUGGAUCCAACAAGGAGGCACUUGGAGAAUACAAGGAAAAUGGAUCGUUUUAUGAUCUCAUUGCUAAAGAUUCGAGUGUUCCUUUAAACAUUCAUUUCGAGGACUACAAAUCUCAAUUCGUGUCCGUGCAUAUUUUGAUGACUACAACUCCACUCAGACCACACUUGCUCCAAUAUUUUAACAUCAUGGAGGAGAUUUUCACGUUGCCAAUUAAGCUCCUGAAUGGCAACUUAAUACCAUUUGAAGAUGUAAUCUCGGGACUCAAUGACGACUUGAUUGAGUUUCACUUCGAUAAUGGGUUUGAGAACCAAUUUGUUGAGCUCCCAAGCAUUAAGAUCAAAUUCGAAAUCUCCAAAUUUGAGAAAGCCAUUGAAUGGUUGAUCAAUGUGAUGAAGCAUUCUGUAUUUGAUGAAACUAGAGUCAAAAUCAUUGUAGAGAAAAUCAUCAAUUCUCUCCCAGACAAAAAGAGAAAUGAAGAAUUGAUGAUGUACUCUUUACAAUACAGAACUGUGUUCAGCGAUCUGUCCUUACGUAAAGCACAGGAUUGUAUCAACACCGAAGAAUUCUACAAGGCACUCCUUCAAAAGAUCAACGAUGGGAACUUUGCUGAAAUUGCCUCCGAUCUCGAAGAAUUGCGCAGCCAUCUCUUCAAAACCUCUAAUAUGAAAAUUUUCGUUGUUGGAGGCUGUUCGCAAUUGAAGAAUCCAGUGUCCAACUGGAAAUCCUUUUACAAUGAGUUGUCUGAGCUGGGAGACAGCAUUAUCUUUGACAAGUUCCCACGUGCCUUUGAAUUUGCAACCACUACAGGAAAAGAAUGUGCGGACAAAGCUUUCCUUGUGGGAUCCCCUGUUGGCGAAACAACACAUCUCAUUUCCUUAACUCCAAUUCCUACCAACUAUUUGGAUGAGGAUAUUUUCAAGAUCGCAUUGGCCAGCGAGUAUUUGGGAGGCGUUGAAGGCCCUUUCUGGAGAGGUAUUAGAGGAACAGGUUUGGCCUAUGGUGCCAACAUCAGGCGUUUGAUCGAGUCGGGUUACUUGUCUUUUACCAUCUACCGAGGAGCUGAUGCUGAACAAGCAUGGGUGACUGGUAAAGACAUCAUAUCUAAGCUUGUUGCCGGUGAAGUGGCUAUUGAUCAAGUGAGUUUGGAAAACUCUGUCGCUGCCAUUGUGAAUGAAAUUGCUAACAGCGAGUCUAACACAUACGACGCCGCCAUCAACAAGAUCACCGACCACCUAUUCAAAAAGCGUGGGUCCGACUACUUGAAGUACUUCUUGUCAAAAUUGAACUCGUAUACAAGCGAGGAUAUGAUCUACAUUAUGAAGAAGUUCUUCCUUCCAUUGUUCUCAGCAAAGAGCUCUCUUGUUUUCGCUUGUGUGCCUACUUCUAAAGGUGGAGAAUUUUCUGAAUUCCUCGAGAAACAAGGCUAUAAAGUGUCUUAUGAAGAAAUCAACUCCGUUGGUGCCGAGGAUGGAGAAUUUCAUGGAGGGUGUUGCUCAGAUGAGGACUGUUCUCAUGACGAAGAGGAUGAAACAUGCAGUGAGGAUGAUAGCGAGGAAGAUAGCGAAGAAGAUAGCGAGGAAGACAGUGAAGAAGAUAGCGACGAAGAACGAGACUAA